AACAUAUUUUUGAUUUAAAUGUAACGGCAAAGUUGAAGUUUAUAUGCAUUUCCGUUAAUGGAAGAUAGAGCUCUUCCGGUUGUAUAGAACAACUGACACGAUGGGCAAACCUCGUGGCCUUCGUACCGCACGUAAGCAUGUAAACCACAGACGGGAUCAACGAUGGAAUGAUAAGGACUACAAGAAAGCUCACUUGGGAACAAGAUGGAAGGCCAAUCCAUUCGGUGGUGCUUCUCAUGCUAAGGGUAUUGUUUUAGAAAAAGUUGGUGUAGAAGCCAAACAGCCGAACUCUGCUAUUCGUAAAUGUGUGCGAGUACAACUUAUCAAAAACGGCAAGAAAAUUACUGCUUUUGUACCUAGGGAUGGUUGUUUGAACAAUAUCGAAGAAAACGAUGAAGUUUUGGUCGCAGGUUUUGGUCGUAAAGGUCAUGCCGUAGGUGACAUUCCAGGAGUUCGAUUUAAAGUAGUGAAAGUUGCUAAUGUUUCGUUACUUGCACUCUACAAAGAAAAGAAAGAACGACCUAGAUCGUAAAAUCACUAUCAUGUAUUUCUAAUAAACCUAUAAAACAUUUUUAAUUGAA